AUGCUGUGCCUCUCAGCUAUCGCAGUCCCCGUCUUCCUCGACACUGACGACACCUCCAGCCACCUUGUCCGCCAAUGGGCCCGGACUUACUACUACGGCCAUAUCAUCCUCCCGGCGAUGUGCAUUGCCACCUGCGGCCUUUAUGGUUAUAUCACCUUGAACAAACGCGCUGCGAACAGGAAGCAUUGGCCUACCUACGCGGCAGCAGGCGUGACCACAUUAGCCAUGGUGCCCUUCACCUGGGUUCUAAUGACGCCCACCAACAACACGUUGUUUGGGCUGGAGAAAGCGUCGUCCGAGACGGCGGAGGACUUAGGGGCCGUGCGGCGGCUCGUGGUGACAUGGUCUUGGCUGCAUGUUACUCGGUCGCUGUUCCCUCUUCUCGGAGCAAUCGUGGGGUUCCGGGGGUUACUGCAUGACCUGGGGGUGUAA